GAGCCCCAGCAGCAGGUCAGGAGGGCAGUUAGAGGGGGAACACCAAGCGAGCAGGGAAGGGAGCCUCUUAGCCCCCAGCUAGAGGCCUGAGAGAUGGAGAGCGCCCAAUAUGACCCAGCUUCAACCUCCGAGAGCUACCUCGGCUCCGAGGAGGAGACAGAGCUGGAAACGGAGGAGGAGGAGUCCGAAGGAGAGGAAGAAACCACCGCGGAAACUGAGGAGGAGCUGGACAGCAGCAGGUUAACAGACAAUAAUGAAGAGGACAAGACCAAGCAGGAGUGUAUUAUAUCUGACCCCUCCUUUUCCAUGGUAACAGUUCAACGUGAAGAUAGUGGAAUAACUUGGGAGACCAGCUCGAGUAGGUCCUCCACUCCCUGGGCCUCAGAAAGUAGUUUAACUUCUGAUAUGUAUAGUAUGGAAGGAUCAACAGUAAGUUCUCCUCCAGGGAACAUUUCCUUUAUCUUGGAUGAAGGUAAAAAGGUUCGGAAAAGAACCCAUAAGUCAUCAUCAAAGCAUGGCUCCCCAGCUUUGCGUCGGAAAGGAGGCAAAAAGAGACACUCCUUGGAAGGGCAAGCAGAUGUCCUAGCAAAUGCAAAAGACAAAGCUUCAAUUUCAGAUGGAAAAUCAGAACAAGAAAAGUCAUCUAUUGGUACUUAUGAUAAAACUAGAAAAAAGAAGACUGUCUCAAACACCCCCCCCAUCACUGGGGCAAUAUACAAAGAACACAAGCCAUUAGUAUUAAGGCCAGUUUAUAUAGGAACAGUACAAUAUAAAAUUAAGAUGUUCAAUUCGGUGAAAGAAGAAAUAAUUCCCCUACAAUUUUAUGGAACAUUGCCAAAGGGUUAUGUAAUUAAGGAAAUCAAUUACAGAAAGGGGAAAGAUGCAUCUGUUACUUUAGAACCAGAUCUGGCAAAUCAGGACUCUAGCAUAUUUUCCAAAGCAAGUAAAUCAAUGACCCAAAAUCUAGAGAGUGAUAAAGAAAAGCAGCUUUCUCCACCCUGGAGAGAAGCAAUGUCUAAAGAGUCCAGGCCGGUGCCAUCAUUUCUUAAGGAUAUAGAAAAGCCAAAGGAAAUUGACUCGUAUUCACCCCUGAAUGCAGCUGCAGCAUCUGGACUCGAACAUACUGUUUCCUCUAGUAAUAAAACUGUGGAGCCUCAGAGUCUCCCUUUGUCAAGUUCAACACUUGCAGCUGAAGAAGAUUCAAUGCAUGAAAUACAAAUGGAUUCUUCAGACACUGUAACCUCAGAAUUGAUGUUGCCCAAAAUGGUGAAGGAAGAGUUGAGAGCUGAUACACAACAAGAUGUAGCUUUAUCACCCACACUUUCAACACCACCAUCUUUUGUGGAUAAGGUUGGGGGGGAAGAAAGAGAAUCAGAUUUAUCGGCAAUUGCUGCUACAUCAAUUUCUGAAAAUUUCACUUCAUCUCAGGCAGAAGAGGAAGCCUUGGAGUCAGAUUCACCAGUCACUGCAGCAUCUGCCCCAGGUCUUUUUGGUACAAAGGUAGAAAACCUGGAGAUAUCUUCCUUAGAAAAAGAAGAGCCAGUUUCUCCAGCUGGUGAAGGGGAACUAGAAAAGACUAUGCCUGAAUCAUCAGUUUCUUUCUCUGAACCAUCAGCCUUGGGAGAAAUGAAAGAGGAGGAGGGGGAAAUUUCCUUGCCAGUAACUUCAGAGCCAGAACUUGAACCCUCAUAUGCAUCAGAAGAAGAGAUCAUUGAAAUUGAUUACCCAGAAAGCCCUUCUGCGUCUGAAAAUGCCAUCCCACCACAUUUGGUUCAUGAAGGGGAGAAAGAAGCUGAACCCGACCUACCUCUAUUGGUCACAUCCACUUCUGAACAUGUGGCUUUAUUAGAGAAAGAGAGAGAAGAAAUUGGGCCUCUUUCUCCAGAUUCAGACUUUGCAUCUGAGUUUUCAAGUCUAUCAUAUUCAACUCAUGAACUAGAGGAAAAAGAAACUAAGCCAGUUUCUCCACCAGCUGUAACAUCAGGAUCUGAAUAUGAAAUUUUGUCAGAAGAAGAGACUGUGCCUUACUCCCCAGAGUUCACAUCUGUAUCUGAGUAUUCUACUACAUCUCCUACAGCAGAAGAGGAGAAUAUUGAAUGCCAGACCCCUACACGUUUAGCAUCCACAUCUGAAGCUGCCAUCUUCUCAGAAGAAGAGACUUUAGAAAGUGAGCGUUAUACACCUGAUUCCACAUCUGCUUCUGAGUAUUCAAUUCCUCCAUACAUGGCACAGGAAUCACAGAAAGAAGCAACCAGCCAAAGGUCUCCUCUAAGCUCAGUAGCUACAGCUGAACAUAUGAUUCUAUCGGAAGAAGAAAAAGAUGACAUUGGAGAUGACAUUGGACCCUACUCUCCAGAUUCCGCAUUUGUGUCUGAAUAUUCAGUUUCGCCUCAUGCAGUUCGAGAGUCAGAGAAAGAAGAAUUUGAACGGGAUUACCCGCUACACUCAACAUCCCCUUCUGAACACACCAUUUUGACUGAAGAAGAGAAUGAAGAGGUUGAGCCUUUUUCACCAGACUCGGCCUCUGACUUUUCAGUCCCACCUUACACAAUACCUGAACCAGAGAAGAAAGACAAUGCACCUGGUUCAUUGCAAACGGCAAUAUCUGUUUCAGAAUAUUCCAUUUUUUCAGAAGCAGGGAAGGAAGAAAUUGAGCCUGAGACCCAAGCAGCUACAGUGACUGUCCCUGAGCAAACCAUUUCUUCACAGAGACAAAAAGCUCAACCUUCCUCCUCAGGGCAAGGUUCUGAUCAGUUGAAUCUGCCACCUUCAACAGCUGAUGUAGAAAAGGGAAAAGUCAAGCCCAACUCCCAAAAAGCUGCCACAUCUGUAUCUGAAUAUCUCAUUUUGUCACAGAAGCAAAAACUUGAAGGUCACUCUCAGAUACUUGAGUCUGGACACUCAAUUCCACCAUCUUCAACUGAUGAAAGAGAGAAGGAAGAAAUCAGGCCUGAUUCAUCAGUACCUGUAGCACCUGCCUUCAUGAAGGAAGGCUUAUCUGAGGAAGAAAAAAUCAAGCCAGUUUUACCAGAAACUUCUGUAACUGGGCCUCAAGAAUCAACUCAAGAAGUGAAGAAAGAGCUAGGGCUGGAACUUGCACAUGCUCAAAAAGGGGAAUCUGAACAUUUGGCUUUUUCAAAAGUAAGCAAGGAAGAAAUCAUACCCAAUUCCCAGGCCGCUCCACCGGAACACCCACCUUCACUGCAGCAUAAAGAAAUGGAACCCCAUUCUCCAAGGGCCCCAGAGUAUGUGAUGGAACCCUCAGUUGCACCUGGGGAGUCAGGAAAGAGAAUGGGAUCUGAUUCUAUGUCAAUCGAGACACCUAUGCGUCAGCAGGAAACUUCACUGAAGAAUAAGGAAAACCUGAAAGACAUCCAAGAGACAAAAUCUUUGGCUGGGUUUGGAGUUUCACAGCAAGAGACAAAGGAGAAAGUUAAACAAGACAAAGAACAAGCAGCCAUACCUGAAUCCCAGCACCUGGUUUUAUCAGAACCAGAGAAAGAGGAAACUCCACAUCCCCCUGAAUGGAAAUUCUCAUUUUCGUCAGAAGCAAAUAAACAAGAAAUUGAUUCUGAUUCCCCGCAAGUCACAGCAUCAGAAUUCAAACCUUCUCUUUUACCCAAAGUAGUAAAGGAAGAAAUCCAGUCAGAUUCCCCACUUCCCACAACAUCUAUAUCUGAUUCAGUCUUAUCAAAAGUGAGGCAGGAAGAAGUGGAUCAUUGUUCUCCACAAACAGAACAUCUGGUACUUAAUGAGAAAGAAGAGGAGGUAGGUGAAACUGACCUUUCACCUAUAGAAACAGCUGCAUCUAUGUCUCCAGUCUGGUCAGAAGUAGAUAAAGAAGAAGUGAAUUUCCAUGCAUCACCAAAUUCAAGAUAUUCAGCCCAGGGUGCGGUUUUGUCAGAAGUGGUAAAGGAAGAGGAAAAACCUGGGUCACCUGUGACUGAGCAUUCAGUUUUAUCAAAGGUAGGAAGUGAUCAAGGUAUCUCAUCUCUGACAGCUCCUGCAGCUGAACGUUUGACUUUGUCGAAGAAGCAAGCCUCUGAAUCUUUUCCUCCCGCAUUGGUGACCGAAGGUUCAGUUCCACCAUACAUGGCUGUUGAAAUGGAGAAAAAAGAUACCAAACUUCCUUCCUCAAAGUCUGCGAUAUCAGCAUCAGAUAAAGGAGUUCCAGCACAGGAAAAGGAAGAAAUAAAGUGCCCCCCACAUAAAUUGGAAACUUUGGGCACAGAAGAGUUAUCCAUGAAAUCAAUCACUCCUACAGGUGAGAGCAGACAAGAGCCUGGAACAGUGAUGUCAGAUAAGAGUUAUCUGCUGUCAGAAAAGCCAGCUGUUCCUUCUUCAAGUCAUCCAGUGGAGCCUGAGAGGACAGGCAUGCUACCCCCUGCACUAGAGUUAUCAGGGGUUGUGUCAGAGAUGUCACAGGGCUUAUUGAGGGAAAAUGAACAUAGGGAUGCAAAACAAGAGAAAUCUCUCACAGCAGAAAUGGGAAGCUCAGUGCUAGAAAGGGCAAGCUCUGAGGCUAAGAUGAGGGAAGAAAGGAAGCAAGAGCAGAAGCCUUUCUCAACUGAGGUGGUCAGUAUGGUGCCAGAUGAAUCAGUAGCUUCUUUCAUUGAAAAGGAAAACCCAGAACCACAGCAAGAUCAUUUUUCAUUAAAAGAAUUAUUGCAAGAGUCAAGGGAUGUGGUAGAGUCUAACAAAGGAGAGAAGCAAAAAGGUCAUCCUUUGACCUCCAUAGGAAAUUUGGUCCCACAAGGGGCAGAGGAUAUAGGGACUAAAAUAAAUGAAGACAUGGCCCAAACACGUUCAUUUCUUAUGUCAGAAAAUGUACCUGAGGAACAUGCAAAGCAAAAAACUGCAUUUUGCCCAGAUGAUGCGAAUUCAUCUGACCUAUCAAUGCCUUCAUUAAGCAGUCCCUUGGCUGAUCGACAGGAUAUUACUACUAAGUCCCCUUCAUUUGCAGAAGCAAGUUUGCCUUUGGAAGAGUCGAAAUCUGUUGUGACAAUUGAGCCCAGAGAUGUUAAGGAUGCCAAAGAGUCCCCUACUUCGCCAAAAGAAGGAAUCUGGCUGCUAAAAGAACUUCCAAAAGAGCAGGCUAGCCCCAAUAAGGAAAGAGUGUUGGAGUCAGAGCAGCCAUAUUCCUCUGCCCCAGAUGGAAGAUUGUUAGGGCAAGUAACAGCUGCUCCACCUCAGAAGGAACAAACUUAUGAACACAUAAAAGAAAGCCUUUACCCAGCUGAAGAAAAACCUGAUUUAUUAGCCCAAGGGCCAAUAUCUCCUCUGAGCAGGCUCCCUGAUCAUACAGAGAAACUGACAACUCAAAUGUCCUCUUCUCCUGAAAUAAAAGUGGCUGAAGAACCAAGAGCUGCAGUUGUAGCUGAAAAUCUAAGUAAACCUGAAACUAAUGGGAAGCAGCUCUCUUCAUCAGUGGAUCCUGAAAUUGUGAUACCAGAAAAGUUAGGCACAGCAGAAGAUGGCCAGGAAAAAUUCACACCAACCUCUGAAAGCACCACUAAAGUCCAAAUGCAAGUCUCUGGGGAGCACAUAAGGGAGUGGGUAAAGCCUGAAAUGAUCCCUUCUUCAGUCAAAGAAACCAAUUGUCUGGCAGAAGAUUCCAUAAAAGCCUUAGAUAUUGGAAAAGAAGAUCUGGGAAGUGCACCAUAUUCUUCCAGAGAGAAAACACUGUUGGAGGAACCAAAAGCAGAUACUUCAAAGGUUGCAAAAACUGCUGAUGAAGCCCAGCAGUCAGAAUCAGAGAAACCUCUGGCUGAGGCCAAAAUCUCAACGCAAGAAAAAUCAAAACUUUCCCUGAUUCAAUCUGGGAAAAUAACUGCACUGCUGGAUUCCCCAGAAAUAAUUAAUAAAGUCCCUGAGCAAGCUGAAACUGCUACCCCAAGAACUGUCACUGAGAGUAAAAGCAAAAAAGGAGUUUCAUCUUUCACAUCAUGGAUGGCCAGUCUGUUUUUUGGGGCUAGUGCUCCAGAAAAUGAUGUUGAUGAAAAAGAAGCUCCACUGAGCCCUGUCACAGACACAGCUGUGUUGGAAGGUGAGGCUAAAACAACAGUUCCAGCUGCCCUUAAUGACUUAAAUGAAGCUGAGAAACCAUCACUAUCUCCUUUAUCAGUGUCAGGACUUUUGCCUGAGAAAGAAUCUAAAGUUAUUUUAAAUAAAGCCAGUGAAGAAAGGGAGCAGAAAGAGAUACCACUAUCCUUACCUAAUCAAGUAGAUAAGGACCUGUCCAACUUGACUCCAUUAAGAGGUGAAAAGGUAUCACAAGAAUCGGAGCCACUACCGACUCAUCAUUUACCAGAGUCAAGACUGGUACAUGGGGAAGAAGCUAGAACUGCCUUAACAGAAUCUAGAAAACCAAGACAGUUCAAAGAAGAACCCAUGUUUUUAUCUACCAUGGAAGAAACUCCAUUGGAGCUGUCCAAACACAUUUCUGAGAAUCUCAUUGAAGAGCAGAAGAUUCCAGAAAAUAGAAAGGAAGAAAUGCAAUCUUUAUCAGGCAUAGGGGUCGAGAUGCCAACAGAAGAACCAGAAAACAUCAAAGUUAUUUCUUCUCAGAACAGGACAUAUGAAAACCAACCUAGUCUUUUGGGAAAACAAUUGGUUUCAGAAAAAGCUGAAAAUGGUGCUCCCACUCACAUCAUUGGUGAUAACAGGGUACAAAAGGCAGAGAUCUACACUUCCUCUGAGACAAGCCAGUUGAUGGAAGAAUCAAAGAAUGUUUUAACUUAUCUUGAUCAACAGCAUGACCAAGGGAAAAAGGUGUUCUCUCCAGUGGAAGUGGAUCAAAUGACUUGGCCACCAGAGUCAACUCCAUCAGAAUUUGUAGGUAAAAAAACCUUGAAAGAAUCAGCUAAACUGGAGCCAAGAACUUUGACAAUGGAAGAAUCAAAAGAUAGUUUGAUUAAAGUUGGUGGUGAUAGACCAGAGAAAGAAAUGCCAAAGGCUAUAGCUUCAACAUUUUAUGAUGAUAAAUCUAAUCUAAAAACUGCAAGCUCAACUGAUGAAGAAAAAGUCUUAGAACAAAAACCAUAUCACAUCAUAGACAAAGAUGUGCUGGAAGAAAAGUCAGAAAUGGUGGUCCCAUUGAGGCACAGAGAUACAAAUGAAAUAAAGAUGUCAGGCCUCUUACAGGAAUCACAACUACAUAAAGUGGGAUACUCAAAAGAGCCUGUACCUCAGUUCUGUGAAAAUAAGGAAGAUAAAGGAAUGGUGGCCAAAAUACCUAUUGAAGUCAGUGUGGUGUCAGAGUCUACCACUUCAAUCCCUAGUGAAAAUCAGCUUUCUUCUGCAGAGAGAGGCAUGAGGGAAGAUUCAAAACCUCAUCCAAUUCUUCCAUCCAGAGAAGUGUCUGAAGAACUAGGUAUGAUUCUUGGGAGCUCUGUGGAUGAAAGUCAACCACCAUCAUUUGCUAAAGUGGAUUUUUUCAAGGAAUCAGAGAUUGCUUUCAUAGGCCCCACAGAAAAGAACAAAGAAGAGAGUUGUCAAUCUCCUUUGACAGAGAAAGAAAAGUUGAUUUUGGGAAGAUCUGAUGCUAUCACAGUCAGUCCUGAAGAGGAAAGUGAACAAAAGGGAAGCUUUCCCAAUUUGUCUCCAGGUGAAAAUAAUCAGAGGACUCAGCCUUACUCAUCAAAGAGGACCAAUUUUGUUUCUGAAGAAUCAGAAAUCACCUUUGAUAAUUCCCAUGAUGAAACUGAGAAUCUGAAAAAUCAAACAUAUUCUUCAGCUAAAGCAAAAUUAGUUACUGGAGAAUCACAAAUGGUACUCUCAAUGGCUCACCCAGAAAUCAAAGAAACAAAACCAGUAGGAACACAGCCAACUUCUUUAAGGGAAAUUGAUUCAUUGGAAAGAAAGACUAGGGCAUUAAUUCCAACUAGUUCUGGUCACAGGGUCAAAGUAGAGCAGGAGGACCUUCAUGCUUUACCUGAUGUGGGAAGUCUGACGUCUAAACUACCAAGUCACAGUGAGGAAAAGGAACAACACCUGCUUUCCUCUGAUAUACCACAUGCCGAGGUUGAGCCUUCAAAAGAGGCCUUAGCUGAUAUUACCAAGGAAGGCAAGAAACAAGAGCCACAACCCAAAUUAGAAACCUUCAAAAGAUCGGUGUCCAGAGAAUCGAAAAUUACUCCAGACAGACCCUUAGAUGAAACAAGAAACUUAGAUCAAUUAUCUUCUUUUCCAGAAGCAAUUUUCUCACCUGUGAAAUCACCAGCUGUAAUUUCAAUAUCUUCUCCAGAAGUUAAUAUAUCAAAGAUAUCAGAAAUUUCACCUCCAGAACUAACUGGAACAGUUCGGGCUCACCAAACCAAAGAUGGUGCAUCAGAUUCACCUAUGCCAUCCACUUUUGUCUCAAAGCACAUUUCUGAUUCCCAGACAAAACCUAUUGAAGAUCUACAGGUAGAUAAACCAUACCCAUCAGCAAUUGGUGAUUCUGAUGAAGUUACAAGUGAUAUGCCACCAACUAAUGGUGAAGAAAUUUCUUCCACCGAAGGCAUAGUAAAAGAACCUAAAAAUCUUUUUGUAAAAGAUGGAGGUGCUGUGGUGACCAGCAAGCCCCCUGGCCUCACAGAAGAGCAAAAAAAUGCAUUUAGCAUCAUCUCUGAAGGUUGUGAGAUAUUGAACAUUCAUGCUCCUGCUUUUAUUUCAUCAGUUGAUGAGGAGGAGUGUGAAAAAAUGCAGGAUAAGUUAGAGUACUUGGAAGAGAAGACUUCAAAGAGCAUCCAACCCUUUCGUUAUGGCAGUGAGGUGACUCUAAGCCAGGAAGCUGUGAGAAAUGAGUCCCAUGCAGGUGACUUGGAGGCAGAUGUGUCCCUGAGGAAAGGACAAACGCAAGAGAAAACUCACCCUGCAGAAGAGGACAUUUCUACUGACUCAGAUGUGACCUUCAGUGAUCAUACAAUGCCCAGUGAUGUGGAUUAUUUUGAAAAAUAUACUUUGAUUGAUUAUAACAUCUCCCCAGAGCCAUGGAAAAAGGAAUCUCUUCUAAAGCAAGAUGUUGAAAGAGAACACCAAAAGAAAGUUCCUGAAGAAACAAUGUUUUUCCCAGAAAGUUCAGCAGAUAGUACUCUGGAAUAUGAGUCUGACUUGGUAAAAUUAGAUGAAAGCUUUUAUGGAAUGGAAAAGGAUGAUGGCAAAGUUUCUUAUACAGAAUCUCAGCCAUCUUUACCUACCCUCAAAUCAACUGACAGUGGGACUCCAAGGGAUGUUGCCAGAGAUGUGGAAGCAAAGUCUCCUGGAACACCCUUAUUUAGUGCAGAAGAAGGAGUGUUAUCCAGAACACAACUAUUUCCUACAGAAGUUAAAGCUGUUAACCCAGAGCUGCUAGAAGAACCACCUGCACUAGCAUUCUUAUAUAAGGAUUUGUAUGAAGAAGCAGUUGGGGACAAAAAGAAGGAAGGUGAAACUACCUCUGAUAGGGAGAGCCUGAAUUCUGAUGCUUCAUUUCCAAGCAGGCAUUCUGAUGCCGAGGAGGGGACUGGAAUGUAUUUUGAGAAGUAUAUUCUCAAAGAUGACCUUCUACAUGAUGCAUCUGUAUAUCAGAAAGACCAAAGCCAACCUCUGGAAGAAAUACCAGUUGGUAAAAAUGACUCAUGCUUACUGAUAGCUGGAGAAGGAGAAGUCUGGGGGAGGUUUGGAACUAUUUUGGGGGACAAGAGCAUGGAGGAGGAACAGAAAGCUAUGUUCAGUGAAGGGGAAUUAAAAAGCAGUGAGGAAAACCGUAAGGUUGGAGAGGUACAAGGGAAAGUGCCCAUCACUGAGGAAGUCCAAUUGGCUUCUCAGAAAAUAAGUUAUGCAGUGCCCUUCCAAGACACACAUCACAUUUUGGAGAGAGUAAAUGAACCUGGUGGCCAGAGUAAUGAAGAAGAAAAUGCCAGUCCUGAGGCAAGUCAACAUCUCCCAGUGGAAGUGUCUUACCCAGAAGAAUUCAUGUCGGGUGCAACACCUGCUCCAGAAAGCCAGCAAGUAGAACCUCAAGUAGUUGAACCUCCUGAAAUGAGGGAGGCAAGGCCUUGCAGCAGCCCUGUUCAGGAUGAAUAUGAGUUUGCAGAAUUAAUGAAUUAUGAAGUGGUUGCUCAAGAGGAGCUCUUAUCAGAUGACUUGUUCUCUGAAUCCACGCCUGAAGAUGUCCUAUCCCAAGGCAAGGAGUCUUUCGAGCUUAUUGGUGAAAAUGAUGAAUUAGCAAAGGAAGUGGAAGAAAGUCGGUCUGUACCACAGAAGGAUUCAGGGUCUGAGGUUGUAGAGCCAGAGAGAUUAUUGGCAGAAGCAGAAGAUACACAGAAAGAAGCAAAAAAAUCCCAGAUCGACACAUAUUGUUAUACAUGCAAAUGCCCUAUUUCUGCAAUUGACAAGAUUUUCGGUGCACACAAAGACCAUGAAGUCGCGGCACUUGACACAGCUAUCGAUGUGGUCAAGAUUCAAUUAGGAGAAUUUCUAGAAAAUUUAAAAGAAAAGUCUCUGAAGAUUGAAGCAUUUGUUACUGAGAUAGAAUCAUUCUUCAAUACUAUUGAGGAAAACUGUAGCAAAAAUGAGAAAUGGCUCGAAGAGCAGAAUGAAGAAAUGAUGAAGAAGGUGCUAGCCCAGUAUGAUGAGAAGGCACAGAGUUUUGAGGAGGUAAAGAAGAGAAAGAUGGAGUACCUGCAUGAGCAGAUGGUGAACUUCCUACAGAGUAUGGAUACCGCUAAAGAGACUCUGGAGACAAUCGUCAAGGAAGCAGAAGAACUCGAUGAGACUGUUUUCCUGACCUCAUUUAAGGAAAUCAAUGACAGGCUGCUUUCUGCGAUGGAGAACACAGCUUCCCUGGAAAACAUUCCUACUGCAUUUUCACUUUUUGAGCAUUACGAUGACAGUUCAACGAGAAGUGACCAGAUGUUAAAACAUGUGGCAGUACCACAGCCCCCCAUACUGGAACCUCAGGAACCCAAUUCUGCCACCAGCACAACGAUUACAGUGUAUUGGAGUGUGAGGAAAGAGGAUGUCAUUGAAUCUUUCCAGGUCUACUGCAUGGAAGACCCACAAGAAGACAGUGAAGCAAAUGACUUGGUGGAAGAAUACCGACUUACAGUGAAGGAAAGCUAUUGCCUCUUUGAAGAUCUGGAACCUGGCCGGUGUUACCAAGUCUGGGUGAUGGCUGUCAACUUCACAGGCUGUAGCCUUCCAAGUGAGAGAGCCACUUUCAAAACUGCACCCUCCACCCCGAUAAUUAAGGCUGAGGACUGCACAGUGUGUUGGAACACUGCUACCAUUCGAUGGAGCUCAGCCAACCCCGGGGCUGCUGACGCCUAUACACUCGAGUACUGCAGGCAGCAUUCCCCAGAGGGAGAGGGGCUCAGAUCUUACUCUGGAAUUAAAGGAUUUCAGCUAAAAGUUAACCUCCAGCCCAAUGAUAACUACUUUUUCUAUGCAAAAGCUGUUAAUGCUUUUGGGACAAGUGAGCAGAGUGAAGCUGCCCUCAUUUCCACCAGAGGAACCAGAUUUCUCCUAUUGAGAGAGACUGCUCACCCUGCAUUACAGAUCUCUUCAGAUGGGACAGUAAUCCACUUUACUGAGAGGAGGAGGCUCACUGAAACUCCAUCUGUCCUGGGUGAGCAACUACCUGCCUGUGGCCAACACUACUGGGAAACCACAGUAGCGGAAUGUGCAGCGUAUCGUCUUGGAAUCUGCUCCAGUUCUAAUGCUCAGGGCAGUGCCCUGGGACAGGGAGACACUUCUUGGUAUAUGCACUGUUCUGAGCCACAGAGGUAUAAAUUUUUCAGCAAUGGCACUUUGAGCAACGUCCACAUGACAGAGCAUCCGGUCAGAGUGGGCAUUCUGCUAGACUAUAGCAACCAGAGACUUUUAUUCAUAAAUGCUGACAGUGGGCAGCUGCUCUUCACCAUCAGGCACAGAUUCACUGGGCCUGUUCACCCUGCCUUUGCCCUAGAGAAGCCUGGACAAUUCACCCUACACCUGGGGAAAGAACCGCCAGAUUUUUUGAGACAUAAAUAAGGAUUUGCUUUCACAGUAGUGUUAUUUGGAAGAGAAUUCACAUUUAAGGGGUCUGUUCUCCUUUCCAUGGGUCCUGAGCACUUGUUCACACUCACAGCCACACCCACACCUACUAAUGAUAGCAUUAGACAUGAAAGUACCAACAGCAUAUAUGGGACAAUAUUACCUCUCACUUGUGUGGCCUUGUGUGAGAAGAAAGAUUGAACAGCCCUGGCCCAUUGAGUUAUACAUUGCGAUGUAUACUCCAUAUCGAUUUCUAAAGUACAGGAUUGGGUUAGACCUUUGGGUCAAAAUAGAGAAAGCUACAUUCAUACAAAGGAAUUCUCUCUUCAUUAUCAAGGAAAUAAUUACCAUGAUGGACAGGAGGGAGAAGGAAAGAGGAAAUGAUGAUCUACCAUAUGAAUGAAUUGCUUCUUCCACUGAAGGUACAUCUGACUCUUUCCACAGGGAAAUAAAACAUAACAAGUCUUACGACAUUUCACCAUGAGACACUGAGUCCUAGUCAUGGAAUAAUAUCUCUCUCUCUGAAAAUAUGUUAUCCGUUGUAAAGGUUAUAAUGAACUACUGUAUAAUAUUGUAUACUCUUGUACACGAGCCCCUUUUCUCUCAGAAUCAAAAUGUAGACACUGCUAAACUUUAGGAACCUGCUUUUCUAUAAAUAAAUGGAUAGAAAAUAUCAAAUUAAAA